CAUUAGAAUUCUAUAAAAAGAAAGUAUCAGAGAUCAUAAAACAGCCGACUGCAGGACUGAAGUGCUCACUCACAGCCAGACAGAGACAGGGUGGAAAACCUCCUGUCAACUUUCUCUCUGUGCCUCACAGCGUCAGCAUUUUUACAGAUUCUCUUCUUCAUUGUUCACUCUCCACACUGGGCUGCCUGUGUUUUUCAGAUGACUGCGUAGAUGGCAGUCAUUCUUAUAAAUAUCUGAUUUUCAGGAACACAACCUUGGCUUCAUCACAACUCUCUCUGUCUCUGUUGCAGUCGUGCAAGCGUGGCGCAUGGACAUUGACAGGGCGCACACGUCUCCUUGAGAAACGUCACAAUUUUUCCAGCACAAAGUUUAUCAAUUAGUUGUCGUUUUUUUUUCUUUUGGGUUUUUUUUCCUUACUAUACAAGGAUGCUCUUUUCAACUUGGAAUAGAUGCUGUGUUGUGGUGUUUCUCGUCGCCACGCUAAAGACGGGGACAUCCCAGGGACCAGACGCGCGCCCAAAAGCGAACUCCAUCAAGCCAGCUCUGCUGGAGGAGACACCUACACCCGCUACGAACCGCUCUGCCACCGGUCACAGCGGGAUCACCAAGAAACACAACAUCCUCGCACAGGUGUAUCCGUGCAGCACUGAUAAGGAGUGCAGUGUGGAGAGCUACUGCCACAGCCCUCAGCAGGCUCCAUCUCGAUGCCUCACCUGCCGCAGGAGGAAGAAGCGCUGCCAUCGUGAUGCCAUGUGCUGUGCUGGGAACCGCUGCAGCAACUAUAUUUGUGUUCCUAUCUCUGAGAGUGUGCUCUCACCUCACCUCACUACUUUGGAAGAGCAUAACAAACUCUCCACCAAAGAGCACAACUGGAGGAAGACUGGGAAAGCACAUAAUAAACAUUCUCUUAAAGGGCAUGAAGGCGACCCCUGCCUGCGCUCAUCCGACUGCUCAGAGGGCUACUGCUGCGCCCGCCAUUUCUGGACCAAAAUCUGCAAGCCAGUGCUGCGGCAGGGCGAGGUGUGUACCAAGCAGAGGAAGAAAGGCUCUCACGGCUUGGAAAUCUUCCAGCGCUGCGACUGUGCCAAGGGCCUUUCCUGUAAGGUGUGGAAAGACGCCACCUCAUCGUCCAAGUCCAGGCUCCACAUGUGCCAGAAGAUCUGAAGCGGAGGCAGCUGCUGUCGGCGUCCAGGCCUCUGUCUCCAUCUGCCAGGGAAAGUUUUUUUUUUUAAAGGAUGGGUUGUGGCUGUAUUGAAAGGAGUAAAAGAUAGAGACUAACAAGAGACAGAACAGACUGCGUGGGUUCAAGCUCGCUAUUUGGCGUGCAUCGAUCGAACAGGAUUGCUUUUAUGUGUCUGCUGUGAGAGGUCCAUCCCUGCAAAAACAUACAAACACACACAAGCACACACACGCGCUUCAUGGGUGUGUGAGGAUCCAUGAUCUUAUGGUUUGCUUGCUCAGAAAUACAAAAAAAAAACUUUACACAAUCUCAAGACAUUCAGGGAGGCUCAAAGUUAGCGGGUAGAUGCUGUGAUAGGUGUGGACCUUUUUUCAAGAUGGAGGGAGUAGAAGUAGCACUCUUUCGUCAAGCUAUAGCUUAUAUUAAUAAGACUAUUUACAAACAAGCCAUAUUUCUAUUUACUGCACGAGAAACUCCAAAGCCAAAAUCAGUUGUGUUAUAUCCUGUCUUUCAUUACCGGGUCUGUUUUCUGCCAUGAUGUGUUGUCUGAUUUGUUUAAUUUCAAUAUCUCACUCUUCAUGUUGUUUGUAGUAAGUCUCGAAGAAUUUCGCUGUUGUUAUGCAAGACAUUUACAACCAGUAACAAUGUCCAGACGUAUCACGUACCCAGCUAUAUUAUACGAGCAACUAAUUGCAUAUACAGUUUACUCCGAAGCUGGACUUGUGUACUGCAGCAGCAUCCUGAGACUUCAAGAAAUUCUCUUAAACCAAAGAAUGAAAGACCAUUUAGAUCAGAGUGAUGACUUUCAUCUGGGGGCAUUAGCUCCUCGGUCAAUUUUUGAACCACAAGAAGAGAAAUAAAGCAUUGUGUCCAUUGUGGGAAUGUCGUUUGAUCUGUCAGAUACAGCUGCAGUCUAUUGUGAUACAACUUUGUGGGUUGAAACAGUUUGCACUGAGGUAGAGCUCUGCCGAAGACUUUAUGGUUCUGAUACCAGACCCAGAAUAGUUCUGCUUUUUACAACUACAAGAACAGGAUUCAAGGAGUGCAAUUUCUUUUUUCAGUUACAACUCAAGUAAGGAAUGAGGACGCAAGAAGAUUGAUAAAAGUGGCCCUAAACACUCCAUAAACCUAAAAAGUAAAGAGAAACGUAAGAGAGUUGUAAUUGUAAUCAACAUGUUUUUCCUGUUUAUCAGCUAUGACUGCAUGAUCCUUUCUCAUAAACAUUGCCAGUUCUAUUGUAUAAGAUGGGAAGCAAUCCUUUUUUUCCCUACCUACCUGCAUAGUCAUUAUUAAUACCAUCUAUUUGCUUUCAUGUCUUUAGAGCAUCAACUACACAUCUUUUGUACCCACUCAAAAUAUCAAUAAGCUCUUAUAUUGUAAAUAGAUUGGAAACAAUGAAUAUGUAUUUAAGAAUCAAUGUAUAUCAUGUACAUAUAAUUAAAAAAAAUAUGAAUCUUAAAGGAAACAGUGAAAUGAUCUAGGUGAGAAGAGUAAUGAGGGAUGAAAUAGGACAAGCACAGUUAUAUUCAGAAGUAUGUAGUUCAAAUGAUACAAAGUUGUGUUUAAGUGAAGGGGAAAGUUUUAGUUAUUUUUGACUCAUAUUACAGACUGGAUGUUUCAUAAGCGACACGGAGAGCCACGCAUAUUCAAUUUCAAAAACAGUUUGUGUAAAUGGUGUGUAAAUGGUGUCAAGAUGUACAUCCCAUUAAAUAUAUUUUUUUUUUCUGUCAAUACUUUGCUUUGAUUUGUUUUGUGUAUUUACA